AUGGAGUACUUGAGCCGUCUUUCCGGCUUGGUGUCCACUCCCGCCAAAGCGGCAGCUGGUAUCUCCGGCUCACCACGCCUGCGCAAAAAGCCUUCGCUCCAUCCCGUCGGCAGCGUCGAUAUAUUCCAUGCCGACUGGCUUGCGGUCCAGGCCGAGCUCGAGAGCCCCGACGAAAGAGCGCUCUUCUUUGGCGUAGCACGCUCCGAUCUUCCGCGCAGAAUCCAGCGGAUCAUCGAUGCGCUCGUCUUCGAGAGCAACCGCAGUAAUGACGGCCACACCGGUCCCUGCAUGGAGUACUUGCUCAAGUACGAUAUCCUCACAGAGCUCGUUCACCUCUCAGUCGAUGAUCGACCCAAGGGCAUCCGUGGUGAAACCAUCCGUGCGCUAAAGGACCUCAUCAUCCUGCUAGACGAAAAGUUCUUGUCGCGGCAAGCGGCCAACAAACCGAUCUCUCAGCUGAUACAGCUCUGUCUCGACGAAGAUGCCGUACGAUAUCAGCUCGACGACGACUCGUUCGAUAUGAGCGGUCCGGAUGCUCCUCUGCCUGCAGCUCACGAUCCCGAGUACGAGGAGGAUCUUGUCGACCUCAUGUGCCACAUUGCCAGUCGUAUCCGCAACACACCCGACCUCUUGCAGAUCUUCUUCACAGAUGAGCCCGUCGAUGAUUUCGAUGGUCCCCAAGACGCACGCAGCUUGAAGGACGGCUCCAUCAUUGUCAGUCGCGCUGUUUUCGACGAUCUGACCCUCCGAAACCAGGUGAGCGAAGACCAGCGAGAUAUCCAGCCUCAUUCAGAAGAUACUGGCGUCGACGAGCGGCCACCGUCGCCAGCUAGGUCCGUCGAUUCGACCGAAACCAUCCAGCCAUCGACUGCCCAAGCAACUCGCAAAUCCUCAAAACGUCGACUCAGAUUCCCGCUUUUCUCGUAUUUGCUCAAGUUCGUCCACCGCGAAGGUCGAAUUGGCGAGCUUUCUCGAGCCGGACUCUUGUUCCUCAUCUCGCUCGAGAGCGGCCACCCCUCAACAAGGAGCACUUCACCCGGUGCUCCAGCCCGCAAGUCGGCAAAACGCGUAUCCUUCCCAACCGAAGACAUUCGUCGCUCGCUGGCCGUCUUUAUCGCACAUUCCGACUUUGCAGACGUACUUGGAGCUGGACUUGGCGCGGCGUACGGCCUGCUUCCAUCACGCAUACGGACCGUGCCGCGGUACGACCCGACUGAGAUCGAGGCCGAUGCCUCUUCAACGAAGGACAAUCGCGCUACGAUCACACUGGCGAGCAGCUCUGCUUCCGAAGCAGCAAGCGCGGUCUCUGAUGCGCUAUCGACAGCGACGAGGAGCGACGACGCCGAGUUGCAAGCGCAGUUGCGUCUGCUUGUUGAUCUUGUCGAAUUCUGUCAGGACGUGCUCGACUCGCUCUGGGUUGCGUCUAAGAAUCUCACCGAAGCUGCCAGCAUCUCGAAUGAUGUGGACGAAAAGUCCGCCGAUGCACCAUCGACAAGCCCAAUGACUCCACCUUCUCUCGACCCGAUGGUCCGCAAGCUCGCAGGCGCCAUCGCCAUUGCCAUCCGAGACACUUUUAUCCGCAACGUCGUCUAUCCAUCUCUGAUGGAGAGCAGUGAUUUCGAUGGCAGCUCCGCCGCCGUACUCAAUUAUCUCGACGUGAUCGUCAUCGUACUGCGCAGCGGCCACAUCUUGACCGACGUGGCACUCGACUUUCUCCUCCCAGCCGACCUUGACGAGAGCCGCCAAGACGGGUACGGCUACAGCAUCGACGUGCCCAUCGAUAAUUCGGAUCGGUACAGUGUGAAGGACUUGAUCCUCGACAGCUUCGAGGAUGCAAAGAGCCCGAUGACCAGAGUGGCAGCGUUGCGGCUGGCCAGAAGUCUGGUCGUCUGUCACGGCUUUCGAGCGUGCGGCGGUUUGCUGCAGCUGCCCCCACGUCGAACAAAUGCACCUGCACCAUUGGACGAGUGGUUGCCAAAGAGUCCAGGUCCUGACACACACGAGGACAGCUCAUAUAUCAGCAAGAUUGAGGCGCACUUCCACUCGAUCGACACACUGUCCUCUCUUGUCGCUUCGUUCGGCUCCACCAACAGCAGUGAGUCCUUGCAAGGUUCGCUAAGCAGCUAUCUUCUGGACGCCGAACAAGCGUUGCGCCGAGAUAGCACCUUUUCUGUCGCUCUCGAGAUCGGCGGCGGUCAGAUUCCGUUGGUCCGAAGCGAUCCUUUGAUCCAGCAGCUGUUUGCGUGUCUCGCCAGCUUCUUCUCGCAGCCUGUUGAAGUCAACCUCGCGGCGAGUGGAGUCCUUUCUGCAUUGGCUUCCUCGCCGAUAAUGAGUCUGGAUGGGUGGCUGAUCCAUGCGAACGCCAACGAGACGGACGGAGAAGAACCUGGGCUGGUGCAGCUCCUACAAGGAUUGGUGGAGCAAGUAGAUGCAUAUCGAGCCUGUAUGCCCGAGUUUGAUCGAUACCUGACGGAGAGGAGGAGGAGUCUUGUGCUCACGGACGAUCUCUCCGCCGCUCUCAGGGUAGCCGAGCCUGCCGGAGAUGAUGAGGAGGACUCGGAAGAGACCGAGUCUUUAAGGGCGUGCUUGACACUACCCCCCUUUCCCAAGCAAGCCAACGGCUCAACUGGUCGGCCCCAGAGCAGCGAACGGAUUCGAGCGGCCGAACGUGAAUUUGGCGUUGUAGAAGACAAUCGUCCGUCGCUCCCAGCGCUCUCACCUCCAGCUUCCGCGCCUGCAACUCUACCAGCAACUUCGGCAGACACAGGUUCGAUCGGACGCAGCAGCGCUCUAGCCCGACUGUUCGGAGGUCGUCCUGCUCGUACACCCUCUCAUCUCGGCAAAACCUUCCCAACACAGGACAGCACUCCCGAGAGCAGACCUGGCGUAGACCGAAAGGUGUCAGCAUCGACGAUCAACCCGUACGCCGAACACUUCCGCGAAACGGCCGCUGUCAUCGUCAAGACCCAGAUUGCGACGGGAGGAGAAGAUUGGAGGCCGUCGGCGAAGACGAAUGGAAACCGGGGGACAGGGAAGGCGACGCUUUCGAGCGUGCUGGACAACACGAUAUUGUUGGAAGAGAUGAUCAAGGAGUUGUUGGCUACGGUGCAGGUGAGGAGGAGUUGGGGGAUCGAUGCAGUGUCUUUGUUUUAG